CUCCUGGACCCAUCCCGCUACAACAAGCUGAUCCGCCCGGCCACCAACGGCUCGGAGCUGGUGACCGUGCAGCUCAUGGUGUCGCUGGCCCAACUCAUCAGCGUGCACGAGCGGGAGCAGAUCAUGACGACCAACGUGUGGCUGACACAGGAGUGGGAGGAUUACCGCCUCACCUGGAAGCCAGGGGACUUUGACAACAUGCGGAAGGUGCGCCUGCCCUCCAAGCACAUCUGGCUGCCGGACGUUGUCCUCUACAACAAUGCCGACGGGAUGUACGAGGUCUCCUUCUACUCCAACGCGGUGGUCUCCUACGACGGCAGCAUCUUCUGGCUGCCCCCGGCCAUCUACAAGAGCGCCUGCAAGAUCGAGGUCAAGCACUUCCCCUUCGACCAGCAGAACUGCACCAUGAAGUUCCGCUCGUGGACCUACGACCGGACGGAGAUCGACCUGGUGUUGAAGAGCGACGUGGCCAGCCUGGACGACUUCACGCCCAGCGGCGAGUGGGACAUCAUCGCCCUGCCGGGGCGGCGGAACGAGAACCCCGACGACUCCACCUACGUGGACAUCACCUAUGACUUCAUCAUCCGCCGCAAGCCGCUCUUCUACACCAUCAACCUCAUCAUCCCCUGCAUCCUCAUCACCUCGCUGGCCAUCCUGGUCUUCUACCUGCCCUCCGACUGCGGCGAGAAGAUGACGCUCUGCAUCUCCGUGCUGCUGGCCCUCACCGUCUUCCUGCUGCUCAUCUCCAAGAUCGUGCCGCCCACCUCGCUGGACGUGCCGCUGGUGGGCAAGUACCUGAUGUUCACCAUGGUGCUGGUGACCUUCUCCAUCGUCACCAGCGUGUGUGUGCUCAACGUGCACCACCGCUCGCCCACCACCCACACCAUGCCGCCCUGGGUCAAGGUGGUCUUCCUGGACAAGCUGCCCACCGUCCUCUUCAUGAAGCAGCCGCGCCAGAACUGUGCCCGCCAGCGGCUGCGCCAGCGCCGGCAGAACCAGGAGCGGGCUAGCAGCAGCUUCUACCUGCGGGAGAGCGCCCGCUCCUGCACCUGCUUUGCCAACCAGGCCACCAUCCAGAAGUUCGGCGCGGGGGGCGGCCGGCAGUUCACCGAGGCGGCUGACAGCGCCAAUGGCUACCGGGAGCGGCAGGGGCAGGCCCCGGCGCCCAGCCAGCAGUGCUGCUGUGGGGUGGAGGAGGCGGUGGAUGGGGUGCGCUUCAUCGCAGACCACAUGAGGAGCGAGGACGACGACCAGAGCGUGAGCGAGGACUGGAAAUACGUGGCCAUGGUGAUCGACCGCCUCUUCCUGUGGAUCUUCGUCUUCGUCUGCGUCUUCGGGACCAUCGGCAUGUUCCUCCAGCCGCUCUUCCAGAACUACGCCACCAACUCCCUGCUGCAGCUCAACCACGGCCCGCCCAGCUCCAAAUAG